UCCACACCAUCUCCUCCCAUCGCCUGCCCCUGAAUACCCCGGCCCGCAACCAUGUCCAACCAACAAGUGGGCGCCGUGUUCGAGAAGGUCAUCCAGGAAGUCUGCGACGCCUCCGUGGUCGAUUUCGAAGAAAGCGGUGUCGAUCAAAAGACGCUCAAUGACCUGAAAGACGUGAGUUUUUAUACCCUUGAGACUUAUGUGUAUUUGGACGGCAUAUGGCGUGGUGUUUCUCAGGGUCAGCCAAAAGCGGGGGGAACCCGAGGUGCUGCGGGAGGCGGUGCUUAUGGGGGAACACCGGCUUUUGAGGCUCCCUUUAUAUGCGGCCGCCGCUACCCGCUUAGGCUUAGGCCGCCAAGCCAUCAAUGUCUACCUCAUACAUGGCAGGCAAAGCUUUCAUCCGUCAACGUUGCCUCCUUCCCCUGGGAUCCUACCCCUCAGCCUACUCCUCAAGCCCCCGUCCUCCCUCAAGCUACUGUGCCCUCCAACGCUCCUAGGCAACCUCAACAACAUGUCCCCCAACAUGUCCCUGUCUCUAUUCCACAAACCAUGCGUCAGAAUGUGCCCGCCCCCGUACAGGCGAUGGGUGCUCCUCGGAUCAAGACCGAGCCUGGGUCAAAUGUUCCGAUGGGCAUGCCCCCCAUGCACCAGCUACCUCACCAGAUGCCUGGACAGGCGCCUAAUUCUCAGUCAGCUCGUGACCGCGCUGCAAACCACCUUCAAUCUAAAUUCGGCGCCGCGGCUUUCUCACUCCGCCAGCAGUCAUAUCCUCAGAUGCAUGCAAAUGGGCAGAUGCCCCAAAUCAAACAAGAGCCCGGUUAUCCCUCUAUGGGACAUGGCCAAACUGACGGCGCUGGCGAUGCACUGGCCGACUGGAAGGCUGAGGUCGCUCGUCGUAGAGAGGCGGCUCAAAAUGGCCGAGGUGACCACUUGCUUCGUGAGCAUCUCAACCAGCAGAUGCUUGACAUGGAAGGCGGCGGUCUUCUCCGUCCCAUGAGUGAGCACUCAAAAUCGACUGCAGCCUCGCGGCAUGCGGUCGCAUGUCUCAAAGAAGCAACCGCCUUUGACUCGUCCUCGUCUGCGCCGAGAGUACCUGGCCAAUACGAUGGUGCCGAUGACGACACCAAGGAGGAGGAAGACGAAGAUGCCAUCAACUCGGAUCUUGAUGAUCCCGAUGACCUCAUUGCUGAUGAUCACGAUGCCGAUGAAUCAGAAGGUCAGGUCAUGCUGUGCACCUAUGACAAGGUCCAGCGUGUCAAGAACAAGUGGAAGUGCACCUUGAAGGACGGCAUUCUGACCACUGGUGGCAGAGAAUACGUUUUCCACAAGGGCCAAGGCGAGUUCGAAUGGUAAUCACAUUUCGCUCUCGCACCCUUAUCUGGCAAUUUUCAUGAAUCUUUGCGUUCGGUUUGUAAUACCUUUUUCCUUGUU